UUCCGAUUUGUCAAGAACGUAGCAUCUGAAACGACAGCGCUAGUUGUUACGGGCUUGACACUUCACUAACAAGAAACCGCGGAGGUGUUUGUUCAAAGAACUUUUUCACGAUGUCAUCUCUUGGUCCAGAAGGUUCUGGUGCAGCGUCAAGCAACAGGCGUCUGCAACAGACACAGGCCCAGGUGGAUGAGGUGGUGGAUAUUAUGCGUGUCAAUGUGGACAAAGUGCUGGAACGUGAUCAGAAACUGUCAGAUCUGGAUGACAGAGCAGAUGCACUGCAGGCUGGAGCCUCCCAGUUUGAGACCAGUGCUGCUAAGCUGAAAAGAAAAUACUGGUGGAAGAACUGCAAGAUGUGGGCUAUCCUGAUAGCUGUUAUAGUGAUCAUUAUCAUCAUCAUCGUUGUUUGGUAUUACUCAUAGAACAGCAGCAGGAGGAGGAGGAGUAGAGGCAACGAUGAAGAAGAGGAGUGGGGCAAUGUGCAUACCUUGAGUCUCAGAGGAAGAAAUCCCAUGAAUAGUGGCUACUGACCCCCACGUUAUUCACCUCUGCAGGGGUCUUCAUUCCUUGUCUUGGAUUGCCAUAUGUGUGUUUGUGUGUGUGUGUUUGCACAUCUGCUUGAAUCACAAUAUUGAAUUUUUCCAUGCAUUAAUACACCUUACUGGACGUUACAACACUCAUCUGAAUGCCAUGCCACAUACCAAAGAAAACUCAAAUAUACAAAAAAUAGUUGAUUGGGAAAAGUGAAACUGAUUAAGUCUGUAAAAAUGUAUACAUUAAUACCAUUGGAUUCUGUGACACACACAUAGACACAUUCCAACCUCAAGGUUUGAAGUAAUGAAUAUUGAUGUAAACUCCUCAACUUAUAUUUGCAUUAUUAUAUUUUAUUAAUAACCUCCGAUUUUGUGUGCCAGGCACCUUUUGAUUUUGUUCUGUUAGUGUGUUAGAUGCCUUUUCCAGCACAGACUUGCUUUUCUGAAUUUAACAUCAGUAUUUUGAUAUUUCUUCUCAUUUUAAAAAGAUUUAGUCUGUUUUGCAUAUGGUUACAGCUGAGUAGUAGAUAGUGGGAUACAGUGGCUCCAUUUUAUAUUUGAACAUGGAUAAGUGCUAAUUGACUUUUUUUGUAAGAAACAUGAAACAAGAAUUGAUUAAAGAGGAAUUUUGCAGAAACAGACAGCUAACUAGAAAGACACUAUUGAACCACCUCACCAUACCAGUCUUCAUUCGUCUUCUUUUGGGUUGCACUUCCUAUGCUGUAAAGCUUUUGUUUAGAUAAGUGCCUAUAUGCCAAGGCCAAACGGCUUAACAGCCUUUCAAAAGCCAGAUAAAACUGCCUUACAAAAGAACAAAAGUGCUAACUUUUAAAAGGAUGUCUCAAUAAAAUGCUCUCAUGUGCAUCAAAAAGAUUGACUUUGUUAAAUGUACAAACUCAACAUGAGUACAUGUAGUGUUAAUCAGAUCUCAUAAUGGGAUUCUCCAACAGAGAGCAGCCAAAACUACAGCCAUACUUUGUACUGUGUGUACCAGUUAGGGUACCAACCAGUAAUAGUGCCUUGUGAAUACUCUUGACUGUUCAAAAACCUUGCUUGUGUUAAUAAGUAGAAAACCUUUAAUUAAGUCCUGUGUAAAGUCACACUGACAUUUAUUCCAUCUGAUUGAUGUAAAAUAAUGCUCUCGUGAUCAUUUAGUUUUAAUAUAUAACAAUUUUAUUUACAACCUGAUAGAUGUGUAAGUUACUAAUCCUCGGGAGUCUUUAAAUUUUUUUGUGGUGCUCAGCUCACUUUUGCUAAACAUUAUGGAAGAGUGUGGAAGAAAAUGUUAUUGGACCUUGACAUUGUGAUAUGCAGCAUGCUACACCAACACUGGAUUAUUUUUUUUCUAUAUUUCAAUCUGUAUUUGUUUUCCAGCCUUAUAUGAUAUUUAGUUUUUUCUGCUUGCCAGUGCAUCCAUGAUACUUGUACUGUCAUGAGAACUGACACAUGAGCUGUGUAUACAUUUUUUAGCUUAGACAUACACAGACUUUUGCUUUCAAAGAGACUUCUUAGCAAAUGAAAUGUUUAUGUGCUUUAUGUGAUACAUAUGUCACACAUACCAACAUGUUUAAUUUCAUCCUCUUUUGUUUACACAUAAUUUUUAUACCCAUUAAAUUAAGUCUUUCAUAUGCUUUCUGGGAAUGUGGAAAAAAGUGCAAUUAUACUCUUUAGCCCUAAUUGCCUGUUGCUUCUGUUGCUUGGAUAAAAUAUUAAACUUCAUGUUAAAAAC